CCGAACGGUCGGAUCAGAUCAGACCACAAUCGGCCACACAAGCGGUUCCUGAUAGCCAUGUUUUAGGCUUAGCUGGUCGUCGGUCAAAAUCGAUAAAAAUCGGUCAAAACCAAGGUUGACAAACUGAGAUCAGACCAGAUGGUCGGACCAGGUCAGGCCGGAACCGGGCAUAAAAGAAGGCAAAAAUAGACAUAUUUUGAGUUAGCCCAGAACCGCUCAAAGCCGGAGGUCUGAACGGAUUUACCCGGGCACGGGCUAUCAUGGAAACGUCGGCGUUUUCGCGGAAUGGGGCUUCUAACCCUGGCCGCCAACAAACGCCUUCCCUUCCGUCCGUCCGUCCGUCGAACGAGGCAGCACGCAGCAACCAGCGGAAUAGAGAAUAGCCAACAACUAAGGUCUAAGGCUCCCCAAUCCACCUCCGUCCGCCAAUCCGCCGGCGUUCUCUCCCCGGCCGCAUCAUCGGCGCCUCUCCCGCUCCUCUGCCCGCGCAUCGUCUUCCGCAGCUCGCCGGCCGUCUUCUGCAUCUCGUCGCCGGUUAGCCCUGCCGGAGAAGCUUUAUCGCCGACUUGUUAGUCCCUAAUUCCCACUAUUUAGUUUUUUCCAGCUCAGCUCACUUUAUCGCCCUUCUACCUGCUGUUUGCUCAACAUUAGAAGCAAAUAAUCGGAGCUAAUUGUU